AUGAGUCAGCAGGAUAGAAAACACAGCAGUACAUACAUUACUAGGUUAAUUUGCUCACUCUUAGUUAUGGCAGAGCCAACCUGGACCCUUCGGUUCAAAAACCACAACAUCACAGUUCUACUCCUGGUAUCUCCUGUUGAGCCGUUCGAUUCCAUAAAGGCUACCCUUUUAAAAGCACUGCAGAACCGUGGAAUAAAAGAAAUAAACGGACAGGUGGUACCUGACGACGCUGCAGAUAUCGAGUUCGGCGCGCCCCUUGACCGGAACAACCUGGAAAAGGGCUGGCUACCACUAGCAAUACCUGAUGGCAGAGCUGAUAAGGGGACAGGGAAAGGGAAGAGUACUGUCUUCAACUCCAGCCCACAAGGGGCUGAUCUUAGGGACGCCCAGGCUGUGGCAUUCAGGUUCCGUAAAGCCUCAGAGAGGAGUGCGGUCAAGGAUGGCGACCUAGAGAUGGACCUGGACGACCCUGGAUGGGAUGUCCUGGUUCCCUCAUAUGAUGAUGAAGAGGAUGAAAACGAGUGA